ACACAUAACUAUAUAAAUUUAUAAAAAUCAAAAUGGGAAAGAAAACAGAAAAAUCUAUCAAAGGUGGCGGACCUGCGUCAGCAAAUUCCAGAGCAGAAGACUCAUCAACUCCAGAGCCGUACAACUGCACUGGAAAUUUUCCUGAUGAUUUUGCCGAACUGUGGCAGAGAACUUGCCAAGAGAAAGAUAUGGCACCUAUUAUCAGAGCUAGGCCAAGGCCACCCUCGCCACCAGGUGAGGAUGCAAAAACAUCUCCUCAAGAAGAGGAAGAAGCAGAUAAUGAAGAGGAGCCGCCACCUUCCACAUACACAGCUGUAGAAAGAAACGUCUUUUUUAAACCGAGCAUUCAAUGUGAAUUUGAGGUCGAAGAAACAAAGCAACUGCAAAUAAACCACCCUCAACAGAUGUAUGUUCGAGGAUGGAAAAUUGAAGAGAAAUUAAUAACUGUUUUAAAAUUGUGUUUGUUAGAUAAACUGACAACUUUAAAUCUUUGGCAUUCUGGACUCACUGACCAUACUUUCAAAAUAUUGACGAAUUUUCUUCCCGCACUUUCUAAUGUUAAAACCAUCGCAAUUGAAGGGAAUGCUAUUCCAGAUUCAGAACCGUUUAGCGAGCUUAUUACCAAAGACAUUCCUAUUCAGCAUCUGUCCCUAAGAAACAACGAAAUAACUGACAAAGGUGCGGAAAAGAUUGGAAAAGCUCUUGGAUCGCUGAAUUUACCAAGUCCUGAGCUCUUGACCCUAAAUUUAUCGUUCAACCACAUUUCCGAUGAGGGCGCCAAAGGCAUAGCUGUAGGAUUACGCAUGAAUCGAGUUUUAACAUCUCUAUCUCUUGCGUCAAAUAGAAUUUCGGAUUCAGGUGCGCAAGCGAUUUCUGCCUCUCUCCAGUGGUUUACGCUAACUCAUGAAGAAGUUGUCCAUAGACGUAAAAUGAUGUCUGAACGAGGAAUAUUCGGCAGAGGUGGCUCAGCUCCUGGUUCAAGACGUGGGGACUCAAAGGAUCGUCCUGGGAGCAAUCGUAGCGGCUCUCAGGUUGAUAAAACUCGAGGAAGUAGGGGGUCAUCGAAGAAAAAAGAUGCUGGAAAGGGGGGUGACAAAACAGCGAAAAAAGAUGAGGGGAAAGGCAAAAAAGAUCCAUCAAAGCUACCAUCAAAAAUGUCAAUUGUAGAAACUCCAAAAUCGAAAGGCAGAAAAUCUGGAGGAAAAGAUAGCAAACGUGGAAACAUGUUAGAUGUCGAUUCACCUGAUAUGCUGGAACAUGUUCACCCACUCCUGGACCUCAGAAUAUCACACAAACAUGGAAAAGUCUACGCUCCUGGGUGUUUUACACUCGUCUGUCUUAAUCUAUCACGAAACCAAAUAGGAGAGUACGGUAUGAAGUCCUUUCUUGACGUCAUAAAGCAUCAAACAAAGCAAAAAGAGCGUGGAAAUUUAUCGUCGUCUGCACCGGGCCUGUUAAAGCUUUCUCUGCAAAAGAAUAGAGUCCCACACGACACUGUUACAUACUUAGAAAUCUUCCAAUAUAUGUUGGAACGAGACCCCAUCAAAUCAGAAACUAAAUCUCCUGAAGAUGAGUUACAAUCGGUGGCUGGAUAGGUUUAGUUUUUUAUGAUUUAUAUUUUGUAGUGCCUCGUUUUUGGUAAAAAAAUUAUAUUCUCUCAUUAAAUCAA